UUUUUCCCUCCUUCCCGUUUGGCUUUGGAUCUGAGUUUUCCCUCUCUUUCUUUCCCUCCAAACACUGUUUUCCCUUUCAUUAACUUUGAUCCAGCCAAACCUAAUGAUUUUUCUUCUUCUUUUGGUUUGUUUUUGAUGGUUGUAUGUCUCGAAAUUGAAAUGGGAAUGCUCAUAAAAAAAGCAUGAGCAAGAACCCAAUUGGUAGCAACAACAGCAAGUUAAACGAAGGCUACUUGACUCAAGAAGAGCAAGGAAACGAGCAACGAAAAGGGUGGGAACUAGUAGAAGUAAACGAAGAAGAUUGUUUUUACGAUUCCCUUAACCACAUUGCUCCUUCUAAUUCUUGUUCGAACUCAACUUCUCCUUCUUCUGACUCGGAUUCAGACCCAAUUACCAGUUCUAACAAUGCCCACCACCCAUUCCCCGUCCCUAAAUUUCCCAAGGUUCUUUCCAAAUUCGACAUCUGGAUCUCUGAACCCGCCCCCGUUUCAGAAAGAAGAACACGUUUGCUACGUGAAAUGGGGCUCAGCAGCCACCUAGGUCUUUCCCGGAUAAGACCCGGCUCAGAAACGGAUGUCGGUGUGGGACGGGAAGUGGGUGGUGAUACCGCUGGAGGAAAGCACGGAAGAAAAUCAGUUUCAUCGAAUCGGCUGGUAAACAAAGAGUUGGAAGAGCAAGAUCGCGGAGGAGAAAAAGAGACCUGUUCUUCUGCAAUUGUACGACCGAAAUCUGAUGCUGAUUGUACUGAAAAUAAUAACAACAAUAGUGAAUGCGAUCAGAGUAAUGCCGCGGGUGCUAACUUGAGACGCUGCGAAAGUAAUGGAUCUAAGCCACCCACGGGGCGGAUUAGCAAGAGUUUGAAUGGGGAACUUGACUUUAAAUCAUUUGGUGAUGGGGAGGCUUUUGCGGUGGAUGAUGAUAUGGAUUGCUGGGAACAAGUGUGUACUAUCAAGAACCUUGAUAAUGGAGUAGAGUUUGUGGUUAAUGAGAUUAGAGAAGAUGGGAUGUGGAACAAGUUGAAGGAAGUUGGGACGGGGAGACAGUUGACAAUGGAGGAGUUCGAGGUUUGUGUUGGGCAUUCUCCGAUCGUUCAAGAGUUAAUGAGAAGGCAGAAUGUGGAAGAGGGUAGUAAAGAUAAUGCCGAUUUGAUUUUCAAUGGUGGGGGUGUCGGUGUUUCAAAUUUGAAGAAGAAAGGGGGCUGGUUUAAGAGUAUAAAGAGCGUUGCAAACAGUGUGAAGAGUAAUAAGGAAAGGCUAAGCAGCGACGAGAGGGAUACCUCGUCGGAGAAGGGUGGGAGGAGAUCAAGUUCCGCCACCGAUGAUAGCCAGGAUAUUUCAUUUCAGGGGCCGGAGAGAGUGAGGGUAAAGCAGUAUGGGAAACCAUGUAAAGAGCUCACUGCUCUUUACAAGAGUCAAGAGAUACAGGCGCAUACAGGGUCUAUUUGGAGUAUUAAAUUCAGUUUGGAUGGCAAAUACCUUGCUAGUGCAGGUGAGGAUCGUGUAAUUAAUGUAUGGAAGGUAAUUGAAUCAGAGAGGAAAGGCGAGCUGUUGAUGGAAAAACCAGAAUAUGGGAAUUUGAGCCUUUUGUUUGUGGCUAAUGGAUCUCCGGAACCGACUCUGUCAUCACUGAGUUCUGAUCUCCAUCCCGAGAAGAAGAGAAGAGGAAGGUCAUCGAUAAGCCGGAAAUCUUUGAGCCUGGACCACAUUGUGGUGCCAGAGACUGUAUUUGCAUUUACAGACAAGCCUAUUUGUUCUUUUCAAGGACAUUUGGAUGAUGUGCUCGACCUCUCAUGGUCCAAGUCACAGCAAUUGCUCUCAUCUUCAAUGGACAAAACAGUCAGGCUUUGGGACUUAACUAGCAAGACUUGUUUAAAAAUAUUUUCACACAAUGAUUAUGUAACUUGCAUCCAGUUUAAUCCAGUUGAUGAUAGAUACUUUAUUAGUGGAUCCUUAGAUGCUAAAGUACGCAUAUGGAGCAUUCCUGAUUGUAAAGUUGUUGAUUGGAAUGAUCUGCAUGAAAUGGUCACCGCUGCUUGUUACAUGCCGGAUGGCCAGGGUGCACUAGUUGGCUCAUACAACGGAAGCUGCCGUUUAUACAACGCUUCUGAGAACAAGUUGCAACAGAAAAGUCAAAUCAAUUUGCCGAAUAAAAAGAGAUCUCAUCAAAGGAAAAUUACAGGUUUCCAGUUUGCACCUGGAAGUUCGUCAGAAGUACUUGUCACAUCUGCAGAUUCGCGAAUCCGGGUUGUUGAUGGUUCUGAUCUAAUUCACAAGUUUAAAGGAUUUCGGAACACAAACAGCCAAAUCUCGGCUUCUGUUACAGCAAAUGGAAAAUAUGUUGUCUGUGCUAGUGAGGACUCUAAUGUUUACGUGUGGAAACACGAAGUAGAAUCGAGGCCUAGCAGAAGUAAAGGAGUCACCGAGACAUGCUCUUAUGAACACUUUCACUGUAAAGAUGUAUCAGUUGCCAUCCCUUGGCCUGGCAUGGCUGACGUUUGGGAACAAAGAGAUUCACAAUUGAAUGAUCAAAAUUGUUUUCUCGAUGAUGUUUUGACGGCCAAUCAUCCUCCAACACCUGUUGAGGAGUAUAGUGGAAACGAGGGUUCAUUAUCAGCAUCCGGGUGCACCAAUAGCUCUCUCCAUGGAACCAUUUCUAAUGCCACCAAUAGCUACUUUAACAGAAUCUCAACUACAUGGCCGGAGGAAAAACUACUUUCGGCAACUCGGACCCAGAGCAGCCCCAAGACGAGUGUAGACUUCUCUGGGGUUAACCCAAAGAUGUCAGCCUGGGGUAUGGUGAUUGUAACCGCUGGGCUACGAGGUGAGAUUAGAACUUUCCAAAAUUUUGGGUUGCCAUUUCUAAUUUAAUUGGCUAAGAACCCUCAAGGGUGGUGGGAAAUGAGUUGAUAAUAUGUCAAUACAAUCCAUUUCUCUCCACCUUUGUGUACACAGAGAUAUUGGUUGAGAAUUGAGAUUUGUAAUAUGUGCCUUAUGCUCAUGAAUGUAGGAGAAUGGAAAGCCACUGCGUUUGAGCAUCAAGGAAAUAUAGAUUCGUUCGAAAGAAAAGGGCAAAAAAAUUACACCCUGAAUUAGAUUCCGACGUAUUUCCGGUGUCGGAAAUUGUAGAGUUUAAUAUUAGAGAUGGAAAGCCAAUUGAAUUGAAAAAGAAAUUCUUUUACAUGAUGUUAUUCUUCAUCAGUCAAUUCCUAUGUUCUUGAA